AUGACAACACCUCCAGCAACCUCAAACCCAUUGUCUGUUCUACGUGAGACCGAGCAGACAACGGGAAAACUGCCGCCUGCAACUCCAACGUACAUUUUGCGCGGCCAUGGGUCGCCAAUCCACGCCCUUCGUUUCUAUAGCGGGAACUCAAGACUUGUCUCUGGCGAUGCGGAAGGCUGGGUAGUAGUGUGGAAUAUGAGGACGAAACGAGUUGUUGCUUCGUGGAGAGCCCAUGGGUCUGCUAUACUUGGGGUUGAAGGAGUUGAGUUCAGCUCAAAGCAGGAUGCAAAAGGGGCGGGAGAAGGAGGUGGAAGUGAAAGAUGGCUAUUUACCUCCGAGUUUGGCGUUUAA